AUGGAGGAAGAGAUGGAAAUUGAGUUGGACGAAGUCAUUGUUGAAAAAAAACGCGAUCAUAUAAUUUCGACGGAAAUAAUUUCUCAAGAAAAUAAUGGAAUUCAAUACAAAACUCUUGAAGAAAUUAUUUCGGAGAAUAAAAAGUUAAGAGUUAAUCGCCGCCGCUAUCAACGUAAACCAUAUAAUCUUAAUCGAAAGACGCGCUUUUAUAGGGAUGACUUUCUCGAACGUGGUUUCAAAAAGCCUAGGACAGGUUUGAUUAUGAUCUAUAAUCUUGCGGAUAGUGUGACCAACAGAGACAUUAAAGAAUUGUUUUCACCUUUUGGUUAUAUAUAUGACGCUGGUUUGCAUUACGAUUCUGAAGGCAUAAGUAUAGGCAUUGGUCAUGUCACGUUUGAGAGUUAUUAUGACGCGCUGAAAGCUGUACGUGCCUAUAGAAACAAGACAUUAGAUGGGAAGGAUUUGGAAUUAAGAAUUAUAUAUCCGAGAAAUAUUUAUUUAUAUCGCGGAAUAAUUAGUAAACGUAGUUUCAGACAAGACUAGAUG